AUGACUUCAACGACUAAAGCCGACGAUUUUGUCUCUCAAGCCACAGGAGCUUCGGACAAGACAGCUACCUUGAGAUUCAAAAGAUGCACCAGGAUAUCGCUUCCAAUGACUGAAUCUAAGAAGAAUCAUAGGCCUAGGCGAACUUGGGUGUACGGUUUCUGGAUGAAGCUUAAAUAUUAUCGACAGCAGGCCGAGAAGUACAAUCUUGAUUGGCAGAAUCAUCCCCUGGGCGUGUCUUUCUCCGUACUUCACAACCUAAUAGCUGCAACGCGUGUCCAUUUCUCUGGCCGUAGCGUGAGCUAUCGUGGUAAAAUGGCUAUGAUACUAGUAUUCGCUGAGGACGACGACAGACGAAGGAUAAAGAAGAAGGAAUUUUCGACGAAGCAAAUAGAUAGGAUUCGAAAGGAGCUUGGGCUUCCGAAGGGGACCAAGCCACGGUGGUACGAAAUCAAGGGAGAGGAAUACGACACAAAUGUAGGACUUGAGAGCGAGGAUGAGGAAUUCCCCGAUGGCCCCUAUGAAAAUCCGUACUUGACUUCGGAAGACUCGUAUCAGACCCUUGAUGAUGAACUGGACAUGAUACAUGGGACAGAUACUACCAACAGCCAUGAUAACGUUCGGAUGCCAUUUCUUAGUCUUGAACAGCCCAAAGGGUCAAUCAAAUUAGGCGAUAAACCAAGCAUUACGCACCUUAAGCUUCUGGACGACACUCUUCUGAACUCGCUCCUUCCCUCUAUUGCCACCAAUCUCGAAUUGUGUGCUUUCAUAAGUUCCAUCCAGAGUUGCGAUACGAGUUUCACAUCGACGUCAGACCCGAGCAGGGUGGUGCACGCUUCCCGGUAA